AUGAAGUCCAGUACCUCCGUUCUCUUGACGGCCUUGGCCAUCUCGUCCGUCGUCGACUUUGCCGACGCCCACGGCCGCUUGAUUUCUCCCCCCCAUCGAGGGUACAUUGGCAAACUGCCCAAAUUUGCUGACCUGGUUCCCGUCAACUACGACGACAACGGCCUCAGUGCCGGUGGUAUCGGCGGCACCAAGGGGGGAAAACACGGAGUCUGCGGGGACCCGUACUCGGGUGUGCGCCAGCACGAAACCGGUGGCACCUACGGUCUGUUCCCCGUUCACGGCAGCAAGGUCGUGGGCGCUUGCUACGCGCCAGGCUCGACCGUGGACCUCCAAGUCCAAUUGACGGCCAACCAUCAGGGGUACUUUCAAUUUGGUUUGUGCAAACUGAACGGCAAACACGACAAAGAAACUAACGAGUGCUUUCAAACGCUGGUCCAACCCAAUGGCGACAAGCAAUGGCAAGUGCCCCCAGGCAACGAAGUGUUUACGAUCCAGUCGGUGCUCCCUGCUGGAGUGACCUGCGAAGGUGACUCCCACUGCGUGCUUCGUUGGCACUAUGUCGGGUGGAACAACCCCGGCGUGGACAUCAACGGCCAAGAGCAGUUUUGGAACUGCGCCGAUGUGUACAUCAGCAACACAUGCGGGUCCAACCCGGCUCCGUCCAGCGCCACCCCUUCCACGUCUCCGCGGACAACCUCGGCGGUGCCCACUUCUACUAAAGCCCCUUCCACUCCCCCUUCGACAACGGUGACGGCGGUGCCCACUUCUACUAAAGCUCCUUCCACGACCCCCCAGACGACGGUGGCGGCGCCUACUUCCUCACCGAAACCUACGCAGAAGCCCACUCAGUCUCCCAGCACAACUACACCCACAUAUGCGACAUUGCCCCCUAAAACCACGCAGCCCAGCUACCCCACUCAACCGCCCAAAACGAUAGCCAGCCCCACACAAGCUCCCAGCCAGUGCGGUCAGUGCGCCAACUGUUACUAUCCCCUCAGUGGCGCGUGUUUCGUCGGGUGGACUGCCGCCCAAUGCGCCUCGAUACCUCAGCUCAAGUGGUGCGGAUUGUCGGCAUAG